UGUUGUCGAUCUCUCUCAACUCGAUUAAUGUAAAAAUGAAAGGAACCCUUCUUGCAGAAGUGAUAGUAAAGUAGUUCGAGAUUUAUUAAUUAAAAUUAAUUUUGUACUUUUGUGUUUCCCAUUUUUAGAAUAUGAAAGAAUUAAUAUUGUAUUCUUACGCCUGGGAUUACCGAAAAUGACAUUUAGUUGAAUCACAUUUUAUUUUUAUUGUUUUAAAAGCAUUUGAGUGCAUUGAUAGAUUUUAAUGAAGUGUUUAUGAAAUUUGACAAACUCUUGAGAAAUGGAUUUUAUCUGUAAAUGAAGUUUAGUGACAUUGAUGUUUAUUCAGUUUUACUGUGAUGGAUCAAGAUCCAGAGGCCAGCCACUCCGAAGAUGCACUUUCAAUAGUAGAGGUUCCUGACAUCUGUUCUAUCGAGGAAUACAAUGAUGUUGAGGCCAAACAAAGGGCUUCUGUGUUGUGGCUCCUUUCCAAGGCUUAUAUGCCCAAGAUUCCCCCAGAGUUAUAUGAGCCUUGCUACAGGGAUCACGAGGGCAAUGAUCGUCUCAAACCACAGAUAGUACAUGCUUUGGCUAAUGCUGAGUUGUAUUGCCUGGCAUUGGCCAAUAUCUAUGCAGAUCCAAAUUAUCAUAAUUUAAAUCACCAUGGAAUAAUACAAGUGCUUACACGAAAAGGAAUUGAAAUUAAUGAGCCAAUGGAUGCCAAUUUAACUGAAACUGUAUUAGUUCAAACAGCUCCAAUUAGAAUGAAUGCACAUAUGGCUGUGAUUGAUGGCAUAAUGGCAUUAUUUAUUAAAGAAGUUCUUAUUCCGGAAAAAGUGAUGGAAGUUGUUAGCCGCUUCUCUGUUGUUAAUCCUGAAAGUGAGCUACCUUAUGAUAGUGAAGAAGCUGCAUUACUGUGGAUCAACAAAUGCUGUCUAAAAAUGAGACACAAAAUAGAAGAAGAUCUAAUUACUAGCCAUAGUCCUGAUAGUCCAGACUCUAGUCAAUUGCAUAGGGGUAAUACUUCAUUCAUCGCUUUAGCUCAGGACUUGGGAGAUUUGAGUGAUGGAUGCUGUUUAUCUGCUGUUCUUAGUUUGUAUUGUCCUAGGUUUUUUAAAUGGCAAGAUAUACACUUGCAUGACCCUAUUAGUUUAGCGGAUUCAGUUUACAAUUUACAAUUAGUUCAAACAUUUUGUCAAGAACAUUUGCCACAAGACAUUUAUUGCCUCUCUCUAGAAGAUAUGGUAUAUAUGCACCCAUCAAUAGUUCCCAAUGUACUUGCAUUUAUCGCAGACCUAAUGUAUAUAUUUGAAAUUCGACCCCCUAAACACGUCUGCAGACCUGGUGCUAAAAUGGAGAGAGAUGAUGAUGCCAAAAUGACUGAUUUAAAUUAUAUCAAUGGUCAAAGACAGUCACCUCUUCAGAAUUGCAGAAUUAGAAAUUUUCAAAAGUCUGUUAGUCCAAUCCCUGAUUUGCGCUCAGGAAAUUAUGAAGUUACUAGAAGUGGAAGCUGGCAAGCACCACAAAGAUCCUUUUCUGGUAGAAAAAUUAGUGUUCAAGAAGAUAGAAAACUAGAAGGUCCUCGAUCUUUAAGGAGAGUUCAUUCAGUAAAUUUUUCUGAAGUUAAUAGACGAGGAGAGCUUUCUGUGCCAUCAGUAAAUAGUCAAAGUAGGUUCCAUGCAGAAGAGGAUGAUGAGCUAGCUAGUUAUUUUUCUUCAAAACAUCCCCAAGCUCAGUCUCAACAUAAUUUAUUAGAACAAGAUGACAAUCGACGCUCAACAAAGCACACUGGAGGAAAUGAUAAUGGUCAAAAGUCACAGGGCCCCUAUCAAGUCUUUCAUUCUGAAAAAUCUUAUCAGGAUACUCCUUCUCCUGGUCAUUUGGAAUCAUUGAGUGAGAACAAUGAGUUUACUGGUGGAAAAUGGGCUGAGCCUCGAGAACCACCUCCAAAGUCUAACUUGCAAAGAUCUCCUUCUUCAUAUGAAAUACACCAACUUUCUCCUAGCAAACAGACAGCAAGAGGCCGUGGCUAUUCCUGCAAAAGGAGUCAAUCUGAUAUGCAUUUGUCACAGAACUCUUCCUUCUCUCUUAAGCAAGGUUCUGAAAAUGAUAACAAUUAUCAUGUACAAUCUGUUUCCCAUGAACAUUUUUCACCACGGACGUUUACAAGAGAACCACGCCGAAAUAGGAGUUCCUAUCAUGAAUCAUUGCAUGGUAUUCUAGAUAAUUCUGGGUCAAAUCCACCUCCUACUAGGAGGUAUAGCACCGACUAUGGAAAAGCUCCUAAUGCAGAACUAGAAAAUCAAAAUAGAUCUCUGUCAGGCAGUCAAACUUGGCGUAAACCAAAAGAUUUAUUUUCCCCUUCAGAAUGGAACAAAGAAAAUAUGGAAUUAGAAAACAACUCUGAUGACUCUCGGAACACUGGAGAGCAUGGUGAUGUUGUAAGCUUUGCUAAUUUGUCUAAGCAGAGAAAUAACUCUGGGACUGGUAUUAAUAUUGUAUACACGCAUCAAGAUAAGGAAAUAGAUCAAGGAACAUACAAAAAAGCUACAAGACCUGGUUAUUUGCAUAUCAACAAAUCUCAUCAAUCAUUAGAUAGUCCCAGUCCAACAUCAAAUUACAGUACCUCUGAUUUUGCAAAAUCACAAGAUCAAAAAAACGAAGACACUUCAGAAUUUUCUAUUGCUUCCCAGAUGCAUGAUAUUCGUUUAAAACUUGAAGAAAAACGUAAAAGAAUUGAAUAUGAAAAAGCCCUUCUUGAAAAUUUGUCUAAAAAACAGAGAGAGAAAAUGGGCAAAGCUGCUUUUCUUCAAGCUGUUAAAGGAAAUAAUUCAACUUUAGGCAGAGAUGAUCAUUUCAGCAGAAAUCGUCAAUUCUCUGUUGAAGAUAUUUCUGAAGAUUUAGACAGUGUUCGAAGGAAAUGGUUAGAGCGCAAAGGUGAAGUGGAAUAUGAAAAUGAUGGUCAGUCAGAAGAUUUCCAACAAUCUAUUGAACAGCUAAAUUCAAGUUUAUCUGAUUUGCAAUCAGACAUUUCUCGUCUUACAGAACAACAGGAGAUGAUCCAAAAGGUGUUAAAAAGUGGAAAUGCUCCUCCCCAAAAUGAAAUGCAGUCGUAUUUUUUACAUGAUCAAAAUUCAAGUACAUUAAAUAAAAUUCCCAACAAAUGGGCAGAACCUGUAAAUUCCUUUCCAAAUAAUUCAAUGUAUCAGUCAAACAUGAUGGUGCCUGAAAUGCCUCAACAAGUAGGAGGUCGAGGACACUGGGGACAACCAGUUAUUCCAUUUAGUGGUUAUCAACAACAGCAGCCUCAACAGCAAAAUGUUCCAAUGUGGCAGCAAUCAUCCCAGGCCUUAAGACCUCCAUCUGUCGAGCCACAAAACAUGUAUGGCCAGCCUCUAAAUAUUCAGCCGCACAUGUAUGAUAGAACUUCUGGUGUACCAUAUAACCAACCAGGAUUUGCUCUUCAUCCUCAACAGAUGCCUCAGCCAAAUUACAAUAACUAUUACAAUAUGAAUUCUUAUUUUCCUAAUGAACCCCAGCCAAAUAAUAUUCAGCCACAAAAUCAAUAUCCAUAUAACACUUACCAACAAUCUAGUUAUCCCGUAAUGCAAAACACAUUCACUAGAAAUGCAACUCAGGGAAAUGAGAGUAGAGGAUUUCACUUACAUCGUAACCCAUCUGGAACAUAUUUAGCUGAUGAAACUGAUAAUUAUCAACACAGAACUGGAAGUAAUCCUUCUGAUUUUCAGUUUGAAGUUAAACAUUCUGGCAAUAAUUCUAAUUCUAAAUUUAAUCAAGAAGCAUUAAGUAUAGCAACUGAUGAAUUUGGGAGACAUACUAGACCUUCUGAACUUCAGCAUUCCCCUCCUAAUAAACCUGUUUUAGGAAAAACAUUUAGGGUACCUAAAUCAAAAGCUCCAUCACCUUCUUCACCUAACUUCAAACAGACUUCAUUUGCUCAAUUCUCCUCUCAGGAACCAAAGCCUCCUGAAAAACCUGAACCAGUUCCCAAUGAAAGUGAACAAAAAUUAAAUGACAAAGGUUUUUAUAUAUCUUUUGAAGAAGAACCUCGUAAACCUAAGCCUAAACUGAAGCCAAAACAUUUGAAAGCUCGUAAUCAGCAAAAAAAGAUGGACUCAGAGUCUCGAAAAUUAGAUGCUUCUGGUAAUAGCAACGAGCAGUAUGAAAAACAUUAUUCAGAAGAUGGCUUGGGACGAGAUAAUGAUCUUACAUCUGAAGAUGGGAAGAAUCAGGAUAAUUCUAAUAAAGAAAAUUUGCCAGACAGGGGAGACCGUACUCCAGCUCAAAGUGGUGUUGGUUUUGUUGUAGGAAGUGUCCAAGUUGAAAAUGAUCCCGACAAAGAAAUGGAAAUGACAAGAAGAAAAGAAAUGAUUAUGAUGAUGUCACUGAGAAGAAGAGCUGAACAAGAAAAGAAGAAAAAUGAAACACAGCAAGAAUAUCUAAGGAAAAGAGAAGAGGAAAGGAUGAAGAGAGAGCAGCAGGAAAAGAAGAAAGAAGAAGAAAAAUUAAGGCGCCAAUUGAUUUUAGAACAGUACCGUCAGAGAAAAGCACAAGAGGACGAAGAUGGUGCGCCUGGUGGCCCAUCUCGGGGAAGAGAAGAAAGCUCUUCUGGUAGAACUAUGACUAGGUCUAAAUCAAGGUCUGCUUCAGUGACUAGACCGAGGCAACGCAGUGGGCAGUCAUCCAAUAACCGUAAUCAAAAUUUAUCAUCUCCUUCUUCUUUGGAUUCUCCUGUUGGUAGAGGGUCUCAAUAUAACCUUGCUGGUGGAUAUCCAGACGAAGUAUCUUCAGAGCAUGGUUAUGCUCCUUCUCCUUGUCGGACAAGGAAUUAUUCCCAUUCUUCUCCUAUUUCUCCUACCUCUUAUCCAUCGUCUCCUGGACCUUUACUCUCCAAUAUGCUUGGAGGUGGGUGUCGUAAUCGAAACACUCCGAGCGAUGGUUUGUCUGAUAGCAGUUCCACGGUAUCUUCUGCUUGGGCCUCUGAAUACAGUGGUCCAAAACUCUUCGUUAAGCCUUCCACUAAAUCAAAUCGUGGUAUUGUAACAAAUGCCGUGAAUACCGUCCUGGCUGGUGCUGUAAAUGCGGAGACAAAACGUAAAGUUUUGGAGGAGAUAGAGCGCUCUGAGGGGAAACAUUUCCUUAUUUUAUUUCGUGAUGCUGGUUGCCAAUUUCGAGCUCUUUAUUCCUAUAACCCUGAGACAGAGGAAGUGAUCAAGCUCUAUGGAAUUGGGCCUCGAGUCAUCACAAAUAAAAUGAUGGAUAGAUUUUACAAAUACAAUUCUGGCGGCAAAUCCUUCACUCAAAUCCACACAAAGCAUCUGACUGCAACUAUUGAUGCCUUUACAAUUCAGAGCAGUCUGUGGCAAGGCAAGAAGACAGUAGUUGUGGCUCCUAAACGAGAUUACUACUGACUAGCCUCCUGGAGAAGUGCCAACGUGAUAGUGCGGCCGUCCCUAGUGUUUUUUUGAGCGUUUUCUUGUAAAUAAUCACUGUAAAGUUCUCUCACUUCCCCUAAUAACAUUCCACUAGCAAACUACAAAUACCACUACUGGGCUGUGAUUUAAAAUAAAUAAAUAAAUAUUGUAGAGCUAUAUUUAAAUUUUUAGAAAACAUUUGUGAUGGUGUUUGGGGGAUGACUGACUGGCUUGUAAAUUAUUAGUGUGCUUUUUUUAUAAUUGACCUGUACAGUUUGCUUUGUUAUUACUUUUGUCACUUUUUACUGAAAUAUUGCUGUAUCUUUAGCUUGUUUAAAACAAUUGUGAUUUGUUAAAACUAAGUUUAAUGCUCAAUGUGUUGUUAUUGCUACUGUUACAUAUGCUUUAAAUCUUAUUGUUCCCCCCCUUUUUUUAUUGAUUAAACGAAUAUUAGUCCAUAUUCACUUAAUCUAUACUUAGCUUAUUUUAUAGGCUUCCAAAAUUAAAUAGUUAUAGUAUCAUAUAUUUUUAUAUAUAAAAAAAAUCAUUCCCUAACAUUUUAAUUCCAAGGUAUAGUAUUUAAUUAAAAUAUAUAUAUAUAUAUGAAUUUGAAAGUGGUAACUUAGUCAUUCCAUUAAAUAUAUUUAUUUUAACACAAAAGUAGACAAAUUUAAUAUUUUUAUUCAUUCUUUAAAAAAUCAUUCCUUUUAUAUUUUCUAUUACUCAUAUUUAAUUUACAACGUUUAUUUUUGUAUAAUAGAUGAAAAUAUUUUUUUUCUCUUUAAGAUGUAGGAUCUGUUUAUUUCAUUUGCAUCUCGUCAUUUUCAUUGAAACGUCUCUCAAAAAGUUUACACUUUUUUAACCGUUUGUAGAUUUUUAUACUUUGUUAACUUUUUUAAUUAUACUCUAUAUUUAAGCACUGUUUUAAAAAAUAUCAUUUUAUUGCCAAUUAUUGCAUAAAAGUUAAUCAUUCCAUGAACGCAAUUCGAAACCCAUUCUUUGUUGUAAUCAAUUAUUAAUAUGCCAAUUAUACUUUAAGCCUGUGUUGAUACUAUUUUUUUCUUUAUUUGUGUUGAGUGCAAUCUUUUUUUAUGACUGGAGAAAAUGUAAUUUGUUUUUAUCUGCAGAGAUAAUGUAUAAUCACAUGACAAGUCGUGAUUUACUUUGUGCAAUUUUAAUUUACUAAAAAAUAUUAAUUUGACUUUACAACUGAUGGAACAACUGUCUAUUUGUAUUUAUCAUUUGUAGUGUUUGGAUAUUAUCUGAUAAUUUUAUAUGUUACAGCAUCAAACUGCAUAUCUUUAUUCCAAAAAAGAAAAAAAAUGCUUCAAAGCAUACCUAAAAACGACGUUUUUCAGGGCCCUGAACACUUAUUAUUUAUNUAAAUAUAUAUAGGUUGGGGAAAAAGUGUUUUUAAUGCAGUUUGCUUUCUAAAAUGUCAACUACUAUUGAGUAACAAAUUCAUUCUAAAAAAAGUAUUCCUCCAAGGUAGACAAAUGUUCUGCUUUAGGAAUUUCUUCUUGUCCCUUGAAUUGUCUUAACUAACAAAAUUAAGACAAUUUCAUUACUUUUCUUAAGUAUGCAGUAUGUCUUCAGAAAUCAAAAUUAAUUGUAUGCUUUGCAUGUGUGUACACAAUUUGAUAUCAAUUUUAACACAGAUGUGCAAAAUUUAAAAAUAAAAAUUCGGUAUUACACUGAAGAUAAUUCUGCUAAUAAUAAAUUAAAGUUUUAAAUCUGCAUUUAAUGAAGGGUAUUUUUUUAGAUAUUUAUUUUAUUAAAACAGUUAUUUUUAACUUACUUGCAAUGUAGACUUAUUUUAUUAUUAUCUAAAAUAAUAAUAUUGCUUUUAAAAGGCACCAAAACUGGUACACUAUCCAUUCUUUAAUGAACAAUACACUAUUUAAAAUAAAGUAUUUUAUUUUAAAUGAUUUUUUUUAACUACUAUGACUGCUGCUACAGAAUUUGCAAGCAUUAGUAUUUACAUCAGAUGCUUUUAGAAAUAGUAAAACUACAUUUUUAGAAUACUAACUUGGAGGAUUAAAAUAAGACAAGAGAAAAAAAUCAUUUCAUGCUUAAUUUUUGAAGAAAAACAAAACUCUCUAUGCCAACAAUGUAGAUUAAAAUUUUACUCUGCUUUCCAUACAGAGCAAGUUACAUAAUUUUAAAAUUGCUAAUUACAGGGUGGCACCACAACUAAGUGAGGGAAUUUUUAUAAUUGUGAAAAAUCAAAGAAUAGUGUUCGUCAUAAACAUUUAUACUAACUGCUGAUAACUUUUUUCCAGUACUACCAAUUGCUCACUUUUUACACUGGUGUGUCAUUAAUUAGUGUUGUUCAUUUAAUCUCUCUAUUGCUGUCGACUUCAGCACUUCCAUGUAUUACACUGUUUAGUUUAUUCUGGUAAUUUAUUUUAUUUUUUUAAAUAUAUAUUCUACUUCUUUUAUGUGUGAGAGUGUUACAUAAUGAAUUUUAUGCACAUGGAACUAACAGAUCAAUAUUAAAUUUUAUUUCAUUAAUUGCUGAAAUUUUUUUUUAAAACCUUAAACUGUAUGUAGCCACCCUGUAAUACCCAAAUUAUUUAAUUACCUUAGUUAUAAUAGAAAGUUUACUGUUAAAAGUUUAUUUACUGAUGAUUAUAAUUAGAUGAAAUUAUAAAAUGACGAAUUUCCUGAGCUAGAUUUAUGAUUCCAGUCUGAAAUUAUUUAAAGUCAUGAUUUAUUCUAUUAUUCAAAAUUAAUUGCAUUCUCUUUCAUGCAUAUAAUAAUUAAAUAUACAUUUUUAAAAUGUAUUAGAACAAUUAUGAUGAUCAUAAUAAAUUUUCGAACAGAUAUUAAACUAUUAUGUAGCAAGACAUUACAUUUUUUUAACUUUAAUAUAUAUAUAUAUAACGUGACU